AUGUCUCAUGAUCGCCAUGAGGUGGUGACGCAGGCCAUCGCAGGGCUGAUCGCAGCGUGCCAGCUGCCGAUUUCUGUAGUGGACUCAGCUUCAUGGAGGUCCUCGAGCCCUCCUACAAGGUGCCGUGCGCGACGGCGAUGCGGAAGCGGCUGCAACGAGCUGUUCAGUCAGGUGCGCGAGAACGUCCAGGUGGCUCUCAAUGAGCUGGACUUCAUCUCCGUCACCACCGACUGCUGGACAUCGCGCGCCCUGGACUCGUACAUCACGCUCACGGCGCAGGCCAUCACCAAGACGUGGGAGCUGCGCCGCUACACGCUGUGCACGGAGGGGAUGGACGUCAACCACUGGGGGGGACACCCUCACCCUGGCUCUCAUCGACAUGUGCCACAAGUGGGACCUGGAGGGUCGAGCGACCAGCGUCACGAGGAACACGCCACCAACAUCGCCAACGCCGUCAACCAGGUCGACUUCGUUGAAUUCAACGUGUCCUGCGCUGCCCACCUCCUCCAGCUCUGCGUCAAUGACGGCCUGAAGAAGAACAAACCGUUCAUGGACGCCUGCAAGAAGGCUAAGAAGGUAGUGGCCCACUUCCACCACUCCACCAAGGCCACCACGGCGCUCGAGGCGGCGCAGGUCACGGCAGGCCUGAAGGAGGCGAACCUCGUCCAGUCGUGCUCCACAAGGUGGGACUCGACGUACCUCAUGUGCAAGAGCCUCACCGAGUCGCGCGCCCCCGUCUGCGCCGUGCUAUCCGACCGGAACGUCACCACCGCCAAGCAGUCCCGGGCGCUGCAGAUGUCGGCAGAGGAGUGGGCCGAGCUGGAGGCCAUGCUGCCCGCCCUGAAGCCGCUGUGCUCUGCGCGGACGACAAAGUGA